CCAUAAACACCCUAGAUAAGAUUCAUAAGCAUGGAUCAUUAGUGUAAAAUGUACUUCUUUUCAAGGACUAAAUUUGCCGGUUACCAAUGUGUCUAGGGACUAUUUUUGUAGUUGAAUCCAUACACAACAAAUGAACAAGUUCACCACUCUCCACGCCUCUAAAAAUAGAGAAAACAGCUGGGAGUCUUGGUUAGGGUUCUUCGAUCGUGCAUAAAUCUGUGCAGCGUAAUGCACUACUGAUUUUAAGGCGUUGAAAUCCGAAGGAAGUUGUCUGGCAAUGGCUUUCGAGAGUAAAAAACUCAUUAACAACCCUAAUGAUGUGGUGACUGAGUUCAUUGAGGGACUUGUAGAAACUUAUCCUGGGUUGCAGUAUUUGGAUGGAUUUCCAGAGGUAAAGGUUGUUUUACGUGGUGAUGUUUCAGGUCCAACAUAUGACAAAGUUGCUGUUAUAUCAGGAGGUGGGAGUGGGCAUGAGCCUGCUCAUGCUGGGUUUGUAGGGGAUGGGAUGCUCACAGCAGCUAUCUGUGGCGACGUUUUUGCCUCCCCACCUGUUGCCUCAAUUCUUGCUGGCAUAAGAGCUGUGACUGGGCCAAUGGGAUGUCUCCUAAUUGUCAAGAACUACACUGGCGACCGAUUAAAUUUUGGAUUGGCAGCUGAGGAAGCAAAGUCUGAAGGUUACAAAGUAGAGAUGGUGAUUGUUGGAGAUGAUUGCGCUUUGCCACCCCCACGGGGCAUAGCCGGGCGAAGAGGUUUGGCUGGAACCAUUCUUGUCCACAAGAUUGCAGGAGCAGCAGCUGCUUCUGGUCUUCCUCUUUCUGAUGUUGCUGCUGAAGCAAGGCAUGCAUGUGGAGUUGUUGGUACAAUGGGUGUUGCACUCUCGGUUUGCACGCUUCCGGGUCAGCCGAAAUCCGACCGUUUAGGCCCAGGAAAAAUGGAGCUUGGUCUUGGAAUUCAUGGAGAACCUGGUGCUGUGGUGGCAGACAUCCAACCUGUGGAUUUGGUGGUAUCCCAUGUGCUGAAUCGCAUACUCUCAUCAGAGACUAACUAUGUUCCAAUUAAACGUGGGAGUCGUGUUGUACUUAUGAUUAACGGAUUAGGGGGGACACCUGUAAUGGAACUGAUGAUUGCUGCCGGAAAGGCUGUUCCUAUUUUACAGCUGGAACAUGGAGUAGCUGUUGUUAGAGUGUAUACAGGGUCAUUCAUGACUUCUCUUGAUAUGGCAGGGUUUUCAAUAUCUAUAAUGAAGGCAGAGCAGGCAAUUCUGCAACGCCUGGAUGCUGCAACCAAGGCUCCGCAUUGGCCUGUGAUCAUCCGCCUGCCAAGAUUCCUGUUCCAGUUUCCGCCUUCUCGUUCUGCAAAGAAUGAUGAGGUAUUGAGUCGACCAGAGCAGCUGAAUGAGCAAGGUCGUGCACUGGAGGUGGCUAUAGAAGCAGCAGUCUCAGCAGUUAUUCAACUCAAGGACAGUUUGAAUGAGUGGGACAGCAAAGUGGGAGAUGGUGACUGUGGAUCAACAAUGGCUAGAGGCGCAACAGCUAUUCAACAAGACUUGAAGAAGUACUAUCCCCUGAAUGAUGCUGCAGAAACCAUUAAUGAGAUAGGAUCAUCUAUCCGAAGAGUCAUGGGAGGAACAAGUGGAAUCCUAUAUGACAUAUUUUGCAAGGCAGCAUAUGCACGGUUGAAACUGAACAGCCAAUCAGACGCUGCUAUUACACCACUCCAAUGGGCUGAUGCAUUUGAAGGGGCCAUCAGUGCUGUUAUGCUAUAUGGUGGGGCUGCUGCAGGCUAUCGCACUAUGCUGGAUGCUCUUAUUCCAGCUUCAACACUUCUCAAACAGGUUAGGUUAGAAUUAAAUAUAUAG